AUGCCUCGCUGGACCCUGCCGCUGCUGCUGCUGCUGCUGCUGCUGUCGCUGCUGCCUUUCUCCAACGGCUUGCCGGCCGGCAGCGGCGGAGAUGAGGCGUCAGAAACGGCAGCAGCGGACGCGGCAUCGGCGGCGCAUCUUCUGCACGCCGCCGCCGCCGUGCCGGCACGCGCGACCGCCACCGGGCAGAAGCGGCACGCGACACACCCGCGCACGCGCCCGCGCGCGCGCCCUAUCGGCGACCCGGGGAACCCGGCGGGCGAACUCAAGGUCAUCCGCCGCCGCAAGGUGCUGCUCCCGCCGCGUAGUCAACCGCGUGCGCCCGGCGGUGACGUCGGCACGGAUAACGUCACCUCGUCGACGGAGCGGUCGUUCCGCGAGUUCCUGCGGCCGCCCUUUCUGGCGCUGCUGAACGACUCGCGGUUCAGUCUGCAGCCCGAGUUCGUCCUCGCGCAGGGCGGCGCCGGCGGCCACCGCAUGCAGCCCUUCCGCGACUUCGGCGAGAAGCUGGAGAGCGACGCGCCGGAGACGAGUGUCGAGACGCCGCCAGCCGUCUCCGAGGGUGCGGACCUGAGUGCGAACUCGUCGGCCGACGCGAGUGAUAGAGGUGGGCCGAGUGACAGUGGUGGGCGCGGUGCGGUGGUGACGAACGAGUCUGUGGUGGACGCGCUGUCGGGCGCCCCUGGCGAACGUCACGCGAAAGUGGUGGUGCGGAGAAAGAAGGUGCGGAUUGUGAGCACGAUGAGCGCUGACGACUCGCGCGGCGACGUGCGAAAACCGCGCCAACCGACAUCACUGUCGGCUGGCACGAGCUCCCAGCCGUCGUCGUCUGCGACAGGGUCGGAUAAUGGUGCGACGGUAAGGACGACUUCCCGCAGUGCUGACAAGAACACAAGGCCUUCAGCAACGACAAAAAGCAUUCCGACAGCAUCAGAGGCGACGACGGCGCCCAGCACCACGACGUCCAAGCCUGUGUCAGAUGCAAACUCCUCACCUUCAGCAGCUACAACGAGUGGAACCAAAGUUCCCCGGAGGUUGGCGAAUCGGCGGCUCCUUCGACCUCCCACAAAAGCACCAGAGCCCUCUCCCACUCCCACUGACGGGGAAAGCAAGGGAAAGUUGGCUCCCGGCGCGGGAGAGCAGUCACCGACCCCAGAUAUCGGGAAAAAGACGGCGUCCACUGGAGCCGAAGCGGUCGUCCCUCACAACACCACCUUGGGAGAGGCACCGGAGACCUCCCGCAAGCAAACCCCAGGCUCCAACCGCUCACCGGUAAAGACUCGUCGCACCCAGACGGACGGUACCGACCCGAAAGAGCGAAGUCGAGGAGGGCUCGCCGCUCGCCCAGCGCGGCGACGGCCGUCCGUCACCGCUCAGCGCCGUCGCACCCGGCUCCGAGGCCGGCUGACGCGGGUGCGACCGAAUGCCACCGCGAUCAGCGUCUCCACGACGGACGCCACCCCCGCCGAAGACGCCGACGGCCAGAGUGUCAAUAGGGAGAAGAAGGAAGUGGCUAAGGUGCUCGGGCUCCUGGGGAAGAUCCGGAACCGCGCCCGGACGCGUCCUACCCUCUCGCCGGCGAGGAGGCAGUCGAAGGGAACGACAAAGUCGCUGGCUAGUUCAACCACCGCGCCGACAGCCAGUCCUCUAUCUACAACGCAAGGUUCAGCGUCGUCAGAGACAACUUCAACUUCGGCGACCACUAAAGCAGACAGCGUUCCGACCACGUCGCCCUCCACUCCGCUGACGUCUCCUUCCUCCACGCCGUCGACGACCCAAACCACGACGGUGUUAAGUAGCAGCACUUCCUCGCCCCUCGCUGCUGACGUCGCUGUCCCGACCAACGUGAACUCCGGUGGAGCUGUCACCCGCAGUCCCCAAGCGAGGCCGGUCACUCCCGCCGGCGCCGGCUCCUCUGUGGAGCGGCGCAAGCGCCCCGACGCACUGCGUCGAGGUUCGGCCUCCACGAGCAGUGACAAACCGAACCUGCUGGCGCGUCGCCUGCAGGAACGCCGCAACAUCUUCUCGAUCCGCGGUGGCCGGACGCCGAAGGUUGACCCCCGGCCGCUGCUGCCCACCAACGCGCCGUUCCCGCUCCUGCUGUCGAAGAUCAAGACUGCGCUCAGUCCAAGUCUGCUGUCCAAGGCGCCAUUCGUCGGCAACAUCGCCAUCAAUGUAACGCUGUCGUCGCCAGCGCCUGGAGUUGUGAGCUUGCGUCCGGAAGCUCCCGUUGCGAAGCCUCCGGUGGACUUGAGCAACGUCGGAAGCGCUAGUACCGUCAAUAACACAAGCGACAACAACAACGUCAGAAGCGCUAGUACCGUCAAUAGCACAAGCGACAACAGCAACGUCAGAAGCGCCAGUGACUUCAAUAGCAAAAGUGACGUCAGCAACGCUACAAACGUCAACAUCCCGAACAACGUUAGCAGUGUCAACAGUAGCAGCUUCAACAACGUUACGAGUGUCGGUGACGUCAGAACCUUGAGCACUCCCAGCGGUCUCAGUGAUGCCAGAAAAGCAAGUGACAACCUCACCAGCGGCAACCUUGCUGAUGUCAGGAACACUACCAAAGUCAGCAACCCGACCAGCACGGAGGAUGUGGAGAGAACAGUGCUGGGCACGUCACUUGAAACGUCCGUUUCAAUCGCUGUCUCACCGCUCGAGUACCGCCUGCGUAAGCGGGUGAAGUUGCCGGUUUCGCUUGAUCGCGGACUUUCUGAGGAAAAUGCAACUCAAGCGCUGGCAACAUCCAGCAACGUGAGCCGCGGAGAGUCCCUGGAUGGUCAGGGUAGUGGAGCGACGAGGACUGCGGCCAGGGGGGUUACUGAAAAGGUUACCGCAGUGGAAAGGGUUCCAGAGGCUUCCGUACCAAAAAUCAAGAAGACAGCCCCAGUUUUGGAGAGCAGCGUAUUGGAGAGCACGGCAACACCACCAACCUUGAGGAGUGAAGAGAGUAUUGAUGUUGGCGAAGACACUGGGCUGGAAGCCAAUGAAACAAGCAUCGCUUCUAAACCCCGGACCGGAAAAAGUAUCCUUCCGGUUCGAACACGGGACGACCCACGAGAAAUCGCUGCUCCUGGUACGUCAGCCAGGAAGGAAGCACCCAUCGUAAGUGAAACAGAUGCGUCAAGAAGUAGUGAAAAGGACGACACAACUCGCGCAAAGCCAGGUAGUACUAUCACGGGCACCAGAAGUACAUCUCCUACGCCAGAAAGCUACACGGAGCCUGCGGUGGAGAAUCACACGUAUCUGAAGGGUAUCUUGGUGAAGUCUCAGGACGACUCGACCACGGAGACCUCGGCAAUAUCGCCGGCGCUCGCAACAACAACCGAGAUUUCCCUUGAUGCUGGAAAGUCGUCCUCCGAAGCAAGCUUUGCUCGUUUUACAGACGACGUGUCAGAGCCCAGCUUCGAGGCAUCGCCAUCAAAUUCAGACGUUGACACUGUUGAACCUCUAACGGCUGCGGCUUCCACAACCAUGACCACUAUGGUGCGACCUACAGACUCAAUUCUGCGCGUCCUCACCUCAGAGGCAAUGAAAUCCUCAGAACUUCCUUCUGCAUCUUCUUCCUCAUCCGCUUCCGCAGAUCCUUCCGCAUCCUCAACCAAAGCGCCAUCACCGGAGACAACGUCUCACCAAGCGACGGUGCAGGAAGUUCCCUUGGUUCGGGUGACCGCCGUGAACGAGCUGGCCGCCCUGGAUAUCAAAGAGGACGCGACAGGCGACAGCGGACCCAUCUACCUUGUGUCGCUGCUGUUUGUCCUGCCCGUCGUGGCCGUCGCGCUCUGGUACCUGAAGAAAAACCACCCGGACGUGCAGCACCUGAUGCCGGAGCGCCUGAAGACAAUGCUGGCGCAAGAGACGACGGAGGGUUCCCAAGACGUCUACCCGGUAGAGGCCGAAGAAACCACAAGGAAAUCGACGGUGUCUAAGAGCCAUGCACAUGACACGCUGGCUCGAGGAAGGCGCUGGGAACACCCGCGCGAAACCCUGAGACUGCAGAGCAUUCUCGGAGAAGGCCACUUCGGACAGGUCUGGAGAGCUGAAGUGGACAACAUCGGGGGUCACCAGGGAACCCUCCUGGUGGCCGUCAAAAACGUCAAGGAAAACGCCACGUCCAAGGAAAAACAGGACCUGCUGCGUGAGCUGCGAAUUAUGCAAGACCUGGGCAGUCACCCCAACGUGGUGACCCUCCUCGGCUGCUGCACCGUCGAGGACCCCGUCCUGGUCAUCAUGGAGUACAUGGUGUUCGGGAAGCUGCUGACGUACUUACGUGAGAACCGAGGCCGACACAACUACUACAACUUCUCACACGACUCGGCCGUGCUGACCUCGCCUGACCUGACCUUGUUCGCGUGUCAAGUCGCCGCCGGCAUGGAGUACAUCGCCAACAAAGGGAUAAUCCACCGCGAUUUGGCAGCCCGCAACAUUCUGGUGGACCAUACGAAGGUGUGCAAGGUGUCCGACUUCGGCAUGUCCCGGAGCGUCAAGGAAAUAAGCGCCGAAGUCUUUGAACCAAAGCAUAGGGGUGCUCUGCCCAUCCGAUGGAUGUCUCCCGAAUCCCUGUACCACAACACGUUUAACCAGCAGACGGACUGCUGGAGCUUCGGCAUCCUCCUCUGGGAGAUCAUCACCCUGGGCUCGACGCCGUACCCGGGCCUGUCGGCGCGCGAGGUCAUGCGAUCGGUGCGCGAAGGCUACCGGCUGGAGCGGCCCGACCACUGUCACCCGCAGCUGUACCAGCUGGCCGGCAGCUGCUGGGCCGCAGAGCCCAGCUGGCGGCCCAGCUUCGUCGAGCUGCGCAACGACCUUGAGGUGCUGCUGGAGGAUCAGAACCAGGGUUACGUGGACCUGGACCGGUUCCAGGAGGAGAUCUACGGCACCCUGCACACGUCCUCCAGUGACGAGAAGGUCUAGACCGAUCGCCGCGCACAGGUCUAGUCCGAUCGCCGCGCGCAUAAAGUCCAGACCGGUCCGCCGCGCACAGAAGGUCCAGACCGAUCGCCGCACACAGAAGGCGUCGACCGAGCCGCCACGCACAGAAGAUCCAAACCGGUCGUCGCGCACAGAAGGUCCGGACCGGUCGUUGCGCACAGAAGAUCUAGACCGGUUGCCGCGCACAAAAGGUCUAGACCGGGUUGCCUUCGCACAGAAGGUCUAGACCGGUCGCCGCGUGCAGCACGAGGCUGCCAACUGAUCCAAAGAGGGGUGGCGUGGGGAGACCGGCAGGCACUGGACAGAUAUAUCGGCUGGCUGCGAAAGGUUCCCAGCGCUGGGAAAGAGCCCUUGAGUUCCUCGCGUUGGGGGAAGGGCCCUCGUGUUCCUCGUAUCGCGGUUCCAUGCGCCUAGCGGGAUGUUUGCAGCCCUCGGGGCGACGGCAGUAUUCAGCCUGGCGACGACAGUAUUCGGACACGAGUGAUCGCGAGACUCUUUUGGGCGGAUUUGUCGGGAGACAGUCGGAGUGUGAUACCAACCGAGUGUUGCACGUGGGAGUGAAUUUCUUGCCGUGUUUUCGAAGAAGUAGCGAGAUGCGUUGCACUGACGCGAGAUGGAAGCGAGAACUGUGUUGAGACCGGGCGGUGCACUAGUGCGAGAUCAGCGACCAGUGCGGCGUCGUAGCCAAUAAGUUAUUAAUGCCCAGCUGGAGACGAAUGUCAGUCAAGGGUGCGAAGCUGUAUUCAGUAUUUCUUUUCUUUCGUUAGGUUGUUGGUAGACGUUUCGCGAUGCUCACCCCACUCGACCUGCUGUCAUGAUGUCACUGUAUGCUGCGUGCUGAUCGUAUGACUCAUUGUUGUUUUAUGAAUGAACUCGUAACAAAACA